AUGUGCGCUUGGGCACGAGCUUUUACUGAAGAUGGCAAAAAUUAUUUUCCUGUUAAUAUUGAAGGCAAGCCUAAAAAUGAAAGUCAACAUCAACACCAUCAACAGCAGCACAGUCCGGUGGAUAUUUAUGCCGCCGCUGCGGCCGCCGCACAUCACAAUCACCAACAGCAACAACAACACCAGCAGCAGCAGCAACAGCAUCACAACCACCAUCAACAACUACAACUGCAACAACACCUCAAAUCUUCAGCAGCGGCGGCCGCCGCGGCCGCAGCCGCUGCCGAAUUCGCCGCGUCCAACCAUCCGUUUUCAAUUACGCGACUGUUGCCGCCACCACCGACGGCUUCGGUCGCUGCAGCUGCGUCAGCGUCCGACAAACCGUCGUCAGCUGCAUCCGUGGCCGCGGCCACCGCGUCGUCCGCGACUGCCGCCUCCGCCGCCGAGAAAAUGUACGAAAUGGCAGCGGCUUCGCAGUACGGUACUACAGCUGGGUAUAACGAUUACUAUCACCCACACGCACACCCACACCAUCCUCACCACCACGGGCACCCACAUCCACACCACCAGCAGGCGUCGCUGUAUCACGCGGCCGCGGCCGCUGCAGCAGCUGCAGCCGCAGCAGCAGCUUCCGGCGGACCGCAAUCGUCCGGGUCGUCAGUAUCUGCUGCAGCCGCCGCCGCCGGAUCGUCGUCACCGUUGUGA